AUGACGUCACUUGGGGCCGGAAGUCAACAUUAGCCGCUAAUGUUGCUGUCGCACCGAGACGGACAAUUAAAGAGCAUCACAGACAGUUCUGUCCAAAACACAAUCUGUUUAUUUACACAAAUAAAGAGAUGCGAUGGGGAAGAAACACAAGAAGCACAGACCUGAAUGGAGAACAGUGGAGGGAGACUAUGAGGACAAACCUUUAGAUAAGCCACUGAAGCUGGUGCUCAAGGUGGGUGGCAGUGAAGUGACCGAGCUCUCCGGAUCGGGACAUGACUCCAGUUACUAUGACGACCGCUCCGACCACGAGUGGGAACGCCACAAAGAGAAGAAGAAGAAGAAGAAAAAGAAAGCAGAGAAAGAAAAACAUUUAGAUGAUGAAGAGAGGAGACGGAGAAAGGAAGAGAAAAAGAAGAAACGUGAGCGAGAACAGUCCGAAAAUGCCGCCAGUGUACCAGUUGAACCUUUCACUCUGCCCAAACCUGUAGAGGUGGUCGUAGAGGAGAAAAAACGGAAACGGGAGAAGAUCGAGUCAGAAUCAGAGGUAGAUGAGUUUCUUCCUCCGGUGAAAGUCGAGGUGGAGCAGCAGGCGGAUCGACCCGUACGAGCCUGCAGAACUCAACAAGAAAAUGAAUGCACUCCUCGGCAGCAGCUUCUCGAGCAUUUCCUGCGUCUGCUUCAGAGGAAAGAUCAACAUGGAUUCUUCGCCUUCCCCGUAACAGACGCCAUUGCGCCAGGAUACUCCAUGAUUAUUAAACAUCCUAUGGACUUCAGUACAAUGAAGGACAAAAUAGCAGCGAACGAAUACAAAACAAUCACAGAAUUCAAGGCCGACUUCAAGCUGAUGUGUGACAACGCCAUGGUUUAUAACCGGCCGGAGACGGUCUACUACAAGGCUGCGAAGAAACUCCUUCAUACAGGCUUCAAAAUGAUGAGCAAACAGGCUGCCAUUUUGGGUGACGACGACAUCGCCCCUGAGGAACCUGUGCCGGAGAUUGUGCCGGUCCACACCGAAUAUCCCAAAAAAUCCAAAAAGCAACCCGUGAAAGAGCCCAUCAUCAGUGAUCUCUAUGAGCCGGAGGGCAACGCUUGCAGUUUGACGGACAGCACAGCAGAGGAACACGUGCUGGCACUGGUGGAGCAUGCGGCAGAUGAAGCCCGGGAUCGAAUCAACCGUUUCAUGCCAAACUCUAAGAUUGGAUAUCUUAAGAAGAGCACAGAUGGUUCACUCUUUUACACUGUUGUGAAUCAAGAUCCUGAAGCAGAAGAGGAAGAGACUCAAGCUGUAGAUUUGAGCUCUUUGGCCAGUAAAAUCAUUCCUGGACUCACAUCACUGGGCUUUAAAGAUGACCGGAGACACAAAGUGACGUUCUUGAGCAGCGCUUACAACACUCAGACCCUUCAGAACAACUCUAUUUAUCCUGACCUGCUCCCAGAUGAGAUGGAUACGCUGUACUCGGCUUACGGAGAUGAGGCGGGUGUACAGUGUGCGCUCAGCCUGCAGGAGUUUGUAAAGGGUUGUGGGAGUUUUACAAAGAGGCUUGUGGAUGAUUUGCUGGAUAAAAUGACAGCAGGUGAUCACUCAAAGGCCACCGUCCAAAUCCGACAGAAAAGGAACAUGCCCAUUGAUGCCAAGUCUAGUUUAUAUGACCUACAGGGAACAGUUGGUGGUGGUAUAGACAGUGGCUCCGUUCUGGAUUUCAUGUCCAUGAAGAGCUAUCCAGAUAUGUCUCUAGACAUGCUCAACACGUUAGGUAAAUGUGUAAAAAAGGAGCCAGAACACGAGGACGGUCAUCCGCAUUUUGACGAAACAGCCAAACUCCUGCAGGAGUUCCAGGAUGCAGCGGUGGACAGGGUUGGGUCCAGACCGUCCUCCAAUCUCUCCUCUCUGUCAAACGCGUCCGAACGCGACCAACACCAUUUAGGGAGCUCACCUCAUCUUGGUGUUGGAGAUGGUCCAGCAGAGAUGGUUCAGGACCCAUAUGAGUUCCUGCAGUCUCCAGAAACCGGAUCUACAGCUAACAGCUGAUGGGCGACGCACAACACUGCUGAUGUUGCUCUGCUAUUAUGUAUUGUGUGGACUGUAAGUUUUUGUACAGAUUAAUUGCGUCAUGUGUUGUUGUUGUUUUUUAAAUAAAAGCUCAUUGGCUGGUUUUUACAUAA